AUGCACUUCUCACCAACAAUGCGCAAUGUCGUCCUCCAAGCAACCGCCAUCUGCACCAUCUCACUACUCUACCAACACUAUGCCGGCGAAAACAUGUUCAGCGAAGUAAUGCAAAACGAAACAUUCAAGAACCUCACUUCCCUCAUGGCCAACGGGACAUCGUCGGACCAGGCCCAUAACGCAUAUCUUGAAAAGAUGCAGAAAAGUGUCAUUCCCGUUGAUGAAGCUGAUCAGUACGUAAGCCACACGGUCAACAGUUCGAAUGGCACCACAUGGACAUAUUUCUCCCGAAAGAAUGAAACUGGAGCUAUUGACACUACCAAAAACAACACACCAGAAUCUUUCUACGGCCGAGAAUUACCAAGAGAGGUGUUCAUCUUCCUGAUUCUCACUAUGUUACAGUAUUGGUGGCUCAUUGGACUAGAGAUGAUUUUACCUGCUCGGCGUAGGCGUCGAGAUGUCCCGUACGAAGGAAAAGAGAAAGUGGAAGACAGUGAGGAUAGAGAGGAAGAGGUCGUCAAGAAAUGGAUUGCACAGGGUAGAGUGAACCGGGCAUCAUUGAACUGGUGCAACACGCUCUUGAAAUGGGUACUCGAUUUGACAGUUGGGAUGGCAUGGUUGUUCACAGUAGAACAUGUGCUUCGGCACCUUCUGAAGCUGAAAUCACCAAUGCUCGUCUUUAGCGGCCUGAAAAGUCACCUGAUCUUCAACUUCAUAGGCACAUAUUUCUCCGUUACCCCGCUUGCUCGCCUUAUUGUCUUUAUUGUAAUUCCAGCAUACAAGCAAAUCAUCUUCAUCGAAGGUAUACAGCUAGUAUGGACAAUCUUCGCCUAUCAGUUUAUACGUAUGAUUGCUUCUUGGGCGGUCAACACGGAAUUUGUGCAGGGAGCAAUGCUGAACAUGACGGGAGAAUUGGAGAACAACCCUGCGAAGUGGCAGCCCAUUAAUGGCCGAGAGCUGUAA